GCAGACGGAAGUCCCGCCUCCCGUUUCCGGCGGCAGAAAGGUGUAGCGGCUUCCUGUUUGAGAAAGGUUGCGCUUUGGGCACGUGUGUUACUUCCUCCGGCUCCUGCGUCUUCCUCUGUCCCGUGGAUCUUAGACGUGGUAGUCCUUGCAGGCGUAAGGAUGAAGGCGAGAAGAAAUAAAAAGCAGGUCCCAAGCUUUCGCAAGUUGAUAAAAACUAGUAAAGUGAAACUUGAAAACAAACUAAAAAACAAGCAAUUUAAACAACAAAGUACUAUCAAGAAGUACCGAAAAGAGCAGAGGAAGCUAAGGCAAGCUGUGAAAGAUGCUGUGUCUAAAAAACCCAUCCCAUUGGAGGACCCAAAGAGCAAACGACCAGUUAAAGGGUUGGAGAGGGAAGAGGAGGAGGAAGAAGAAGCCCUUCCUUUAGAUAUGAUGGAUGAGGAUGACAUGCAGCUGAUGAAGGAUUUGGGGCAGAAAGCAUCUUUCCUCACAAGAGAUCUUUCUUCUAGUGAGCCUGUUCAUAUCAAGAAACGAAAGCAUGAGAGUGUGAUAGAUAAAUAUGAAAAAAUGCCAAGAACCCUGCAAACUGCACCAGAGAAGGAGCUGAUUCACCUGCUGCCUAUCAAGGAUAAAAGUGGCAUAAUCCCACAGACUAGGGAGAAGCCAGUCACGGACGUCCAGCAGGAAGAAGAGGAUGAAGAAGAGCUGGAAGUUGAGGAAGAGGUCGUUGAAAACCCCAUUCAAGAGCUCUCCAUAGAAGAACAUUUAAUUGUGAGAAAGAAGAAACUACAGGAAAAGAAGAUACAGAUUGCAACCUUGGCGUCUGCCAUACUAUCAGAUCCGGAAAGCAAUAUUAAAAAACUGAAAGAGUUGCGUUCCAUGCUGAUGGAACAGGACCCAGAUGUGGCUGUCACUGUCCGGAAGUUGGUGAUAAUUUCACUGAUGGAGCUAUUUAAGGACAUCACUCCCUCAUAUAAAAUCCGGCCUCUAACUGAAGCAGAAAAAUCUACCAAGAUUCGCAAAGAAACGCAGAAGUUAAGAGAAUUUGAAGAAGGCCUGGUUAGCCAAUACAAAUUUUAUUUGGAAAAUCUGGAGCAAAUAGUUAAAGACUGGAAGCAAAGGAAGCUGAAGAAGAGCAAUGUGGUGUCCUUAAAGGCUUACAAAGGCUUGGCCGAAGUGGCUGUGAAGAGCUUGUGUGAGCUGCUGGUGGCCCUGCCCCAUUUUAACUUUCACAACAACAUCAUUGUCCUGAUUGUCCCCUUGAUGAACGAUGGCGCAAAGUUGGUAUCUGAAAUGUGUUGUGAAGCAGUAAAAAAACUCUUUAAGCAAGAUAAAUUGGGCCACGCUUCUCUUGGUGUAAUUAAAGUGAUUUCUGGUUUUGUAAAAGGCAGAAAUUAUGAAGUUAGGCCAGAGAUGUUAAAAACAUUUUUAUGCCUGCGAAUCAAAGAAGUAGAAGUGAAAAAAGACACAGAGGACAUUAACAAGCCAAAAAAGUUCAUGACUUUUAAGGAAAAGAGAAAAACUCUAUCAAGAAUGCAAAGAAAGUGGAAGAAAGCAGAGGAGAAACUGGAGCGGGAACUUCGGGAGGCUGAAGCUUCGGAGAGCACUGAGAGAAAGCUGAAGCUGCACACGGAGACUCUCAAUAUUGUGUUUGUGACCUACUUCAGAAUAUUGAAGAAGGCCCAGAGGUCACCUCUUCUGCCAGCGGUUCUAGAAGGUCUUGCCAAGUUUGCACAUCUUAUAAAUGUGGAGUUUUUUGAUGAUUUAUUAGUGGUUCUUCAUACCCUCAUUGAGUCUGGUGACUUGAGUUAUCAAGAAAGUCUUCACUGUGUUCAAACUGCUUUUCAUAUUCUUUCUGGACAAGGUGAUGUUCUAAAUAUUGACCCGAUGAAAUUCUAUACACAUCUCUACAAAACGUUGUUUAAAUUACAUGCAGGUGCCACCAACGACGGUAUUGAGAUUGUACUCCACUGCCUUGAUGUCAUGCUAAGCAAGCGCAGAAAGCAGGUUUCUCAUCAACGAGCUCUUGCCUUCAUCAAGCGCCUUUGUACGCUUGCUCUGCAGGUUCUUCCAAAUUCAAGCAUUGGCCUUUUAGCAACUACCAGAAUAUUGAUGCAUACCUUUCCCAGAACAGAUCUGUUGCUAGAUAACGAGUCUCAGGGCAGUGGGGUGUUCCUGCCUGAGCUGGAGGAGCCAGAGUACUGUAACGCCCAGAACACUGCACUGUGGGAGCUGCACGCACUGCGAAGACAUUACCAUCCUGUUGUGCAAAGAUUUGCAGUUCACCUACUCGCUGGGGCACCGUCUGAAGGCUCCGAGGCCCUCAAGCCUGAUCUGAGCCGAAGAUCUGCAGUUGAACUUUUUGACGCUUACAGCAUGGCAGCAAUGACAUUCAACCCUCCCGUUGAACCUUCAAACUCCAAAAAGAAGGAUAAAUUUUUACAAGGGGACUCAUUUUUGAAUGAAGAUUUAAAUCAACUAAUCAAAAGAUAUUGCAGUGAAGUUACUACUGAGAUACCACUGGAUUUCACCAAAUGUAUGAAAACAUCAGUACAGUAGUUCAAAGGUGAAGGUUCAGUGGACUGACUGUCUUAUAUAUCUGUAUGUGUAUAUGCAGCUACAUGAUGGCCUUUUUCUUUGUGUACAAGGCAAACUUCCUGAGGAUGACUGUAAGAGGACUGAAGCAGAGCCCACAGGAGACACUGCUGUUGGCUUGCUCUCUAUGACUUGCUCGGCUCACUUUCUUAUACAGCCCAGGCCAGCUUGUCCAGGAAUGGCACUGUCCACUGUGGGCUGGGCCCUACCACGUCAGUCAUUAAAUCCUAUAAAUGCCCUACAGACACACCCACAGGCAAGUUUGAUGGAGGCAGUUUCUCAAUUGAGGUUCCCUCUUCACAGGUGACUUUAGUGUAUGUCAAGUUGACAAAAACUAAGCAAGAUGAUUUUUAAAUCCUCUUUAUAGGUAAAUAAAUAUUGUUAUUGCAGUAUCAUAAAUGAAAGCAAAUAAUACAUAGAUUUUGUAAAGAUUUUUUAAAAAAUAGCUUAAGAUAAGCCUCUUGUUCAUUGGCUCUUGUUGAAUGAUACAUGUAAGGAAUAAGCAAGGAAUGAGUAUUCUGGGGGGGGAGGGGGUCGUGGAGAGCACUCAGGAGACAGAGGCAGGCAGAUCUUUGUGAGUUCAAAGCCAGUCUGGUCUAAAGAGUGAAUUCCAGGAUGGCUAGUACUGUUAUACCAAGAAACCUUGUCUCAAAGAAACCAAAAAAACCCCCAAAACAAAAAACCAAGGAGGACAAAUGAGUGUGCUUAUGAUUAGUUUCAAAGAAAGUUUGAAUGAGAGUCUAGACUCUUGCAAGUUGUGUUUUUUUCUUUUUUUGUUUUUUUGUUUUUUUUUGUUUGUUUUUUUUUACAUGAGGGUUUAGGGGGGGAAUUUGCUCAGUAGGACAAAAACAGGUCUGAGAUUUCCAUUGUACUGUAGGGACAUUGGUUCCUGACAAACUAGUAAAGUGUUUUCUUUUAAAUUCUUACAGAUAAAAACUGUAUAUAAAUAGUUAUAAAGCACUAUUUUAUAUAAUAGCCAUUGUCAUAUUAUAGAGAUGAUUCAUAAAAUGUGUACAUAAACAUUUUCUGCUAUUAAUAGUUGAAUAAAGUAGCUUCCUUUUGUAUUGCAUAGUCUUGUGAGGUUUUGAUUGUUUUUUUUAUUGUCAGUGAAAAGCAGUUCAGCUAAAUAGACUGUUAAUUGAGCACCACAGAAGCCAGUCCUCUGGGGCUUUAGAGCUCUUUCCUCAUGAAGAUAUGAAAAAAAUGCUCUUACUGUCCUGCGGAGUAAGGAACAGUGGCCAGUUACUCCUUUUGAGAAUUAAACUGGAUGUGUGGGUGUUUGGACAGAGACAAGGUCGGUAGCUAUCGGAGGAGAGAGCAAUGGGAGACAAUUACCAGCUGGAUUUGAAUAUGUGGGUAUAUUCUUAUACUGAGUUCCAGAAGUAAAAGUAAGUCUGUUUUUUUUUUUUUUUUUUCUUUUUCCCUUGAUACAGAGUCCCGCUUUAUAGCUUGGGCUGUCCUGGAACUCAGAUAGCUCUGCCUGCCUCUGCCUGGGAUUAAAGGCAUAUACCACCAUACCCAGCCCUAAAAAUAUUUUUGGAGACACAUUUUUAAGGUUUUAUUGUUUCUUGUUUUGAGACAGGGUCUCUUCAUGUAGUCCUAGCUGUCCUGGAACUCCCUACGUAGACCAGACCAGCCUUGAACUUACAGACAAGCUCGUGGCUCUGCCUGUUGCCACACCCAGCUAAGACUUGAUUAUUGAUGAGAAAAUGUACAGUUCAGUUCAGUAUACAAGUACUUUUUUUUGUUUUUUGAGACAGGGUUUCUCUGUAUUGUUUUGGAGGCUGUCCUGGGACUGCUCUGUAGACCAGGCUGGCCUUGAUCUCACAGAGAUCCUCCUACCUCUGCCUCUGGAGUGCUGGGAUUAAAGGCGUGCACCACCAACGCCCGGCUACAAGUACUUUCUUAGACCCCAAUAUUUGAAUAAAAAAGUUCCAGGAAUGUUAGACAUUUAUAUGUACAACCAAAACAUCUGUCUGUAUGUCAUAAAUCAAUUUUUUUGUUUGUUUUUGUUUUUACGAGACAGGGUUUCUCUGUAUUGUUUUGGAGGCUAUCGGUCCAGCCUGGCCUCGAACUCACAGAGAUCUGCCUGCCUCUGCCUCCCGAGUGCUGGGAUUAAAGGCUUGCGCCACCACCGCCCGGCUAAAUCAAUUAUUUUCUAACUUGGAUACAUUUAUAUUUCGUUUUGGCAGCAACAACAUAUAUAAGUGAAAAGUCAGUUUUAAAAUAGGAAUUGAACCACUGCCCAACUAGCUCAGUCGGUAGAACAUGAGGCUUAAAGUAGGAAUUGACUGUUUGGGUAUUUCAUGACUAUUUUAUACUUUUCAGUUUCUUGUCACAGUUGAACUAUAACUCUAUACAGUUAGCAUUUGAAUAAUGUAUAUGAAUUUGUGAGUAAACUAUAUGUGUACAUUACCUUUUUUAUAUAGCUUUGUAUUAGUGUUUUCUUUUUGGAAAUAAAGUAUUACAGGCACUAGUAAUCACAGGCACAUGUACAUAUACCUUGAGGACUAUAUUUAAGCUACAGCCUUAAUUUUUUUUUUUAAGACAUAUCUGUAGCAUCUGCUGUGCUCAGCAGUACACUAGGCAUUUAAAAGUGAAGUGAGAUAGUAGGAAUAAAAUAGCCUUGGUGCUCCAUGAUCUUUGAUGCCAGGUCAGGUAAUUCACACUAUUUAAAAAUGCAGUAUUCUGCAGUUCAUUAUCAGAAAGAAUUAUUUCCAUGUUCAGAGGCUGUCAUCUGAAUUAUUUCCAUUUCAGAGAAUUGUGUUCAGUCAAAGAGAUGUCAGAGUAUCUUCAUAAUGGAGGUUCAGAAUGUGUUUAAAAGCCAGCUGUUUAACAUACUCUUGUGGUUACUUGUAGGAAAAAAUGGCAGACAACAUUGUAACUUAACUGUGGGUCCUGGGAGGGAUGAGAAAGGUCCUGACUUUGUCUAAGAGAUUGCUGUGUGAUCACUUGGAGACCCUGUGUGCUCACCUUUUCUGGCCUUGGUGCUUGAGAGAGAGGCAGCUGUAAACAGGUUAAAAGUACACCUUGUGAUUACUUUCCUGGGGGCUGCAUCUUUGCCAAAUACAGUAUCUCCAACACUGUAUUCUUUAUUGGCAGGAGAGAGUAGCUGUCCAGAGAGCUUUGUUUUUAAGAGUUAAUUCCAUUUUACUAGAACAAAGCCAGCACUUAUUCCUUUUCAGAACCAAGCCUUCAGUAUCUGCACAGAUAUUGGAAGGGGAAGGUAAGUUUUGAAAAGACCUGGAAUAUAUUAUCCCGGGCCUUCAUGAGCCAUCAAUACCACCAGAGCCAUCAGGAUGGGAAGCCUUUAAGGAAAUAAGUUUGAUUAAAACUUAAGGCACUUGUAACUCCACUUUUAUUGAGUUCAGGCGCCAUAUUGAUUUUUCAGGAGACUCUAUUAACUUGUGCUUGUGCUGUGGAUGACAUUUGAAGAGGCUUUACCUCGGGAGAGCAUUUCUGCCCAGAUAGUAUCCUUACUGCCCAGUUCCCAGACACUCUGUGGUAUUCUUACCUUGACAAAUAAUCAGUUGUCAAUGGACAGGUGACUGAGAGGAAGAGGAUUUCUGCCACCUCCCUAGCAUCAUGCUUGGUUUUACUCUAAUUCUUUUUUGUUGUUGUUGUUGUUUUUUGUUUUGUUUUUGGUUUUUUUCAAGACAGGGUUUCUCUGUAUUGUUUUGGAGGCUGUCCUGGAACUCACCAGACUGGCCUCAAACUCACAGAGAUCUGCCUGCCCUCUGCCUCCCGAGUGCUGGGAUUAAAGGUGUGCGCCACCAACACCCGGCUUACUCUAAUUCUUUAUUGCCAGAUAGUUUAUAAGUUGGGCUGCCAAAUUUGACAUGGUUCACUUUGAGAAUACGAGGGCCUUGUUCACACAGAUAAGUACUAGGGAAACCAGGAAAGUUUUUAAACAUGCAGACUUGUCUCUUCAAAGCCAGGAGAUACUUACCUGUUUUCUACCCAGAAUGCUGGAAAUGGAUGUAGUUUUACAAUCUUUUGCUAUCUCUAGGCCCUGCUUCACCUGAAUCCCCGAGACUAUUAUGUUUGUGUAUCCCAGACUCUCCCUCUGUAGGUAGACCUUGAGCAUUGCUUCUCAGUCAAUAAAACCCUAUUCUUUACAACAGCCAAAGUAACUUCAGGGUUAUCUUAGAGCCAAGUCAGUCUUGACCCCUAUGGGCUAUUAUGCUUGCUUCAGUCACCCCCCCCCCCACCUUUAUGUUGACCAUUGUAUCUAAGUCAAUAGAACUCAUCUUUAUGGAAGACACCUUAAGCACUUUGUAACGAGUUUCAGUGUAAACAUGUCUUAAUGUUGUACACACAGGAUUGAGUGACUUGUCAUAAGGAAACUUUUUUACUAAAAUAGUGCUAUGCUUAAAUACGGCUAAAAUAAACUCUCUGGUGUCAGAGUCUGGAAGUUUGAACCAGCCCAGCUAAGUUGUGUCGAACCUGGUUUCCUUCUUGCCUCUCGGAGAUCAUUUCUCUGCAGGCCAUAAGCCUUAUUAGCAGGACCCCAAGCUCACAAAUUUUUCAAAAAAAUUGCAAUAAAACCAGCCUGCCUAUUUGGUUCUUUUUCAUACCAGUUUUACUGAUUAAGAGUUUGCUAUAUAGAUUUCUUCUAUCCUAAAAUAUAUAAAAUGGUAAGGGGCAUAGGAUUAUUUCUUUCAUUUGAUAGACUGGUAUCCCCAUGUAAUUCAGAUAAGUAAGCUUUCAGUCAAAACUUAGUAUUUCUAGCCAGGCAGUGGUGGCGCACACCUUUAAUCCCAGCACUCGGGAAGCAGAGGCAGGCGGAUCUCUGUGAGUUCGAGGCCAGGCUGGACCGACAGCUUCCAAAACAAUACAGAGAAACCCUGUCUCAUAAAAAACAAACAAGCAAACAAACUUUCUAGAAAACACCAGACUGUGUUAGUCAGUUGUAAAGCAUUCAUGUACCUUACAGUGGUGGACUGCUGUGUGUGAUUCAUGGGAAUGGGAUAACCAUGAUCCCAUAAUGUUCUAAUAAAGCAAAAAAAAAAAAAAAACAAAAAACAAAAAACAAAAAAAACCCAACAAAACCCGGUUGCUUAGCGACACUGUAACCAUCUUAGCUUGUAUAAGUAUAUUCUGACAUUCAUACAACAAUGAGAUUCCCUAAUAAUGCAUUUCUCAGAAUGUAUCCCCAUCAUUAAGUGGCAUAUUCCUAUAAUGAACUGUUUAUAUUUAAAAAAUUUAUUUUAUUUAUUAUGUGCAUAUAUGUAUGUAUAUAUGAUGUAGGGGGCACAUAUGGAGGCAGAUUUUAAUUUUUGGGUCUUCUUUCACUUUUCUAUUGGUCUGGGAUCAAACUGAGGUCAUUAGGUUUGUGUAGCCUUUAUUCUCUGGGCCAUCUCACUGGUCCUAUUUACAUUUUUUAAUCCAUGUGUCCUGCCUAAAAUCUCAAAGACUCAAUUUUAAUAGUGUGUGUCCUUUUAUCUAAAUUGGGAUGUAACAGGGUGGGUUUGUUCAUAUCAGUAUUUUAGUAUGGGGUCCGCUUCAGAUUUAUUCUGUAUCAAAUUCCCAUCUAUGCUAAGGACCAUGUGGGUGGGCGGGGCAAACCCAGGCCACCAGUCUGGCUCUGCAUCUUUUUACCUGUGGCUUUUGUUAGGCUCAGGCUGGUAGAACCAGUAAUUUAAUUUGCAAUCCAAAUCAUUUGGCCUUUUUUAGUUUAUAGAAACUUGAUAAAAUGUUUCCAGAAUAUUUUUUUUUAAAAACGAGGCAGCACCGUCCAUUUGUUGCACACCUAUAGUUUUAUUUCAAAGGGAACCUUCAGUGCUGUGCAACUGCCAAUUGAGAAUAGUCUGAGUUUCGCUGGCAAGAGAAUGACGGUGCAAGCAGGAAUCUCACUGACGUGAAAGCUGUGUGGUGUAUUCUUGAUAUGUCUCUUUUUAGAAUGUGCAGAGAAGGGGUUGUUUAAUUCAUUCUAUAAUUGGUAAAGGAAAAUUUCAAAGCAAAAGUCAGGAUGUUUAGUGUGCUUUAUAAUUUGAAGAAAAAUAUCUCCAUAUGGAACAAUGGUAAUGGAAAGAUAAAAUGUAGGCUAGACUCUGAAGGAACGUGUGUUUCAGUCUGAUAAAUCACAGUUUGCUUCAUUUCAAGAAUGAGAAGAAUCCACUGCACUUAGUUGACAGUUUUGUGAAGGACAGUUUUAAAAAUAACCCACGUCAAAUGGCGAGUGUGAGUUGGAUCUUGGCUCCUCAGUAAAUCAGACACUAUUGCACUGGACAAAUGGCGAGUGUGAGUUGGAUCUUGGCUCCUCAGUAAGUCAAACACUAUUGCACUGGAUGUCUAGCCCACUUCUCAUGUUCAAAUGUUUUAUUUUUAGGAUGUCUUGAAAUAGAUUGAACCACUAAUGCUUGUAACCCAUAGCAAUAUCAAGAAAGCUAUGUCUAAUAAAUAUACAAGUACAGUGUCAGUACAAACAUUGCAAAAUAAAUAAAUCUACCUUAAACAUCAA